AUGAUCAAACUUUAUCCCUUACAAUUUCGAGAUCUCAUUUGUGCAGCCUUAGCCUCGAAAGCAUGUAAAAUAUUCUUUUAUUCAGCAGCUUUAUUCAGCUUGUCAAUAGACCAAGUAACAAGUACGAAAUCACUUGGAGUAUACAUUGAUAGCAAUUUAACUUGGAGUGACCAUAUUGAUAAACUAACCAAGAAAAUUGCUUCAGGAAUUGGGGCCAUUAAGCGAGUAAGACACCUUGUUCCUCAACUAACUUUGCAAAAAAUUUAUCACGCCCUAGUCCAGCCGCACUUUGACUAUUGUAAUGUCGUUUGGGGCAAUUGUGGUACUACUCUACAYAAUAAAUUGCAGAAACUACAAAAUAGAGCAGCCCGUGUCUUGACCCAUUCAAGCUACGAUGCCAGCGCUGACAAUCUUUUUAAAAUUCUGGGCUGGAAAACCCUAGAUUGCCAGCAACAAAUGGCACGUGCAACAAUGGUUUUUAAAUGUCGACAUGGGCUUGCUCCUAAUUAUCUUUGUAAUAAAUUUAGUAACCACAUUUCUUCAUAUGCACUAAGGGACUCUGUCGACAAAGUCAAUGUUCCAUUACCACGUACUAACUAUGGUAAAAAUAGCUUCAGUUAUAGUGGAGCUAUUGCAUGGAACAGCCUUCCAAGUAAACUAAGGCAGGCAGAGUCCCUUAGGCAAUUUAAACAUCUAUUAUUACAAACAAUUUAAGGCACGGCAUUCAUGGAAAACAGCUUUUUUAGUUGAUAUUUGUUUUUCGUUACAUUGUAUACGUGUUUUUAAUUACGUAUUGUAUGUUAGCUGAUGAUUAACCGUGGAUAAAUAAAGAUUUAUUAUUAUUA